AGCGCUGAGAGUCGCACUUCCACCAGUCUUUACACAUACACACACACUAUAUUCAUUACUAACAUCACACAAAGGGCUUGACUCACACUCAGCCAGGCCGUAUUCUCUGUCGUCUUCAGCUCGACUACUCCCGGGAUAUAUAGGACUUUUAAAGCGGUUUUAAUGUUCGUCGGGGCGAGCGGAGCCAGCCGUCAUGGGUUUGCUGUUACCAGCCAGCGUGUUGAAGUGAGCUGGAUUUUCCCUCCGGUUUAAGCCCCACCCCUCCCCCAGGGGCCACUCCCCCCUCCAUCCCUCCAGGGGGACCGGCAAUCAUGACGGGAAUCAAGCGCGGGUACGACGGUAAGAUCGCUGGGCUGUACGACCUGGACAAGACGCUCGGCCGUGGCCAUUUCGCCGUGGUCAAACUAGCACGUCACGUCUUCACCGGCGAAAAAGUGGCGGUCAAGGUGAUCGACAAGACCAAACUGGACACAGUAGCGACCGGUCACCUCUUCCAGGAGGUCCGCUGUAUGAAACUGGUCCAGCACCCUAACAUCGUUCGACUUUAUGAGGUCAUCGACACGCAGACCAAACUUUACCUAAUCCUGGAGCUCGGCGACGGGGGCGACAUGUUCGAUUACAUCAUGAAACACGAGGAGGGUCUGAGCGAGGAGCUGGCCAAGAAAUAUUUUGCGCAGAUCGUGCACGCCAUCUCAUACUGUCAUCGGCUGCACGUGGUCCACCGUGACCUGAAGCCUGAGAAUGUGGUGUUCUUCGAGAAGCAGGGCUUGGUCAAGCUCACCGACUUUGGCUUCAGUAAUAAGUUUCAGCCGGGGAAGAAGCUGACCACCAGUUGCGGUUCGUUGGCUUACUCUGCCCCAGAGAUCCUGUUGGGGGAUGAGUAUGAUGCACCUGCUGUGGAUAUCUGGAGUCUGGGAGUCAUUCUCUUCAUGCUGGUUUGUGGUCAGCCCCCCUUCCAAGAAGCCAACGACAGUGAGACCCUCACUAUGAUCAUGGACUGUAAAUACACUGUACCUGCCCACGUCUCCAACGCCUGCAAAGACCUGAUAAACCGGAUGCUUCAAAGGGAUCCGAAGAGGCGAGCAUCACUGGAGGAGAUCGAGGGGCACGCGUGGCUUCAAGGUGUCGAUCCCUCUCCAGCCACGAAGUAUAGCACCCCAUUGGUGUCUCACAAGAACUUGUCAGAGGAAGAACACAACAGCAUCAUCCAACGCAUGGUGCUGGGCGAUAUCGCAGAUAGAGAAACCAUCAUCGAGGCCCUGGAGACAAACAAGUAUAACCACAUCACUGCUACUUACUUUCUGUUGGCUGAACGCAUCCUAAGGGAAAAGCAGGAGAAAGAGGUGCAACCUCGAUCCUCCAGCCCCAGUAACAUCAAGGCCCACUUCAGGCAGUCUUGGCCGACCCAAAAAAUUGGCAUGCUUCAGGACAUCGAGGAUAGUAUAGCCGCUCACACUGGGGGUCCACAAUCUCCGGCUCGCAGCACUGAAAACCUGUUGAACGGCCACCGCAGUAAAGGACUUCUAGAAGUAGGGCAUAGGGAGGAGACCAGCGAAGCCUCCAGCAGCUCUGCUGCACCUGUCGCUCUGCUCCCAAACCCCCUCAAGACUGGGGUCAUGGCACCACUCGCUUCGGCGAGGCAACGUCCAUGCCUUUUUCGGGUGGAAGAGGACGAAGAAGAAGAGGAAGAACAGGAGCCUCCACUGUUUCAUACCCAAGUGGUUUUGCGACGCAAGCCACAGUCCAUCACCAACCGGCUCACGUCCCGCAAAAGCGCCCCGGUGCUCAAACAAAUCUUUGAGGAGGGCGAAUCUGAUGAUGACUUCGACAUGGAUGAGAGUCUUCCGCCUAAGCUUAGCCGGAUGAAGAUGCACAUGACGUCUCCGGGCACUGCCCAGAAGCGUUACCACCGGCCAAAGAGUCAAGGCCGUGGAUCGAGCUGUUCCAGCUCGGAAACCAGCGACGAUGAUUCAGAGAGCCACCGCAGGCGCUUAGAUAAAGAGACAGGGUUUACCUACAGCUGGAACCGUAGGGACAGUAGCGAGGGUCCGCCUGGAAGCUCAGGGGGCAAUGGGGGAGGAAGCAGCGGAGGGCAAAGUAAACCACCUGGGGAGGGUAACUCGGGACCAGACAAGGGGGGUCCUCCAGGCGGAGGAGGAGGAGGGAGUAGUGGUGGUACAGGAGGAGGUGGAGGGGGUACUAAAGGACAAGGAGGCCCUUCCAGCUGUUCCCGAAGCAACAACAACAACGCUUCAUCUGGCUCGAAGCGUAGCGCAGCUCGCAGCGCCGGAGAACUGGUGGAGAGUCUGAAACUCAUGAGUUUGUGCUUGAGCUCUCAGUUUCAGCAUCGCAGUUCGGGAGGAGGAGGACGGUUUAUUCUGGAUCCUCAGAGCCUGUCUAGCGUCAAAGUCCAGGAGAAGUCCUCCUGGAAGAUGUGCAUUGGUUCCAACAACAGUCUAGAAAAAGUCAUCAACCCUGCCGGGGUCGGGGCAACGGAGCGAUAUCCGGAUCAAACGGCUGUCAUGCUGAACGAACUGGGCCUGGUCAAGGAGAAUAACAUGAACUUGAAAAACAACGUUCUCCAGCUACCUCUGUGCGAGAAAACCAUCUCGGUGAACAUCCAGCGAAGCCCCAGGGAUGGGCUCCUCUGUGCCUCGGCCCAGGCCAGCUGCUGCCAGGUCAUAUGACUCCAUUGUUCCUGUUGCCACAUUUGUAGCGUAACGAUGAGUUGACCACCAGUAGCUGUAUAUGACCUCUUGACCCCAACCUGACCUUUGAACCUGCCUUCAGUGUCAUCUUAAUCAUUCUCACAACUUAUUUAUUAAGUUUCUUCUGUUGGACCCAUUGGUUUUAAUGAAGUGCACGCUGCUAGCCUUUACUUUCCUGUGUGUGUGUGUGUGUGUGCGCGUGUGUUCGGUUCCAUUCGAAUAAUGGAAUUUGAUGUUUUCAAGUCUUGUUUUUGCUUUUAUUCCCUUAAAAUGCUCUUAACGUGAAUUCCAUGGUUCUAACUUGGCCCAAUCAAUCAAACGUUGUGGAAACUGUGUAUGUAUAAACAGUUGAAUAAAGUGAGAUAUUUACAUUAAGACCAAAAGUAUGACAGAGCAGAACAUGGCAAUUCAGAAAACUAGAACUUAAAGUGGCUCAAAGUAAAUUUAAGUAUAAAGACUGAUUUUGUAGAUUAAGCCCCAGUGUCACUGCAGUAUCAAAGACAGAUUGAAUGAUAAUAAAGUAAAAGCAAUAGUGAAGAAGUCAUAGCGCUCCCUUGUGAGUCUUAAAGUUAACUACUGUCUUGCACACAGCUGGUUUUUAUUCGCCAUCUUUAAAGUGCUGUCGACUGUUUUCAUUUCACUGUUAAAACUGUUUCAGUUGAACUAAACUUGAGGUUACUGACAAUCAUUUGCAAUAUCUUAUUAAGGGAAAUUCUUAAUGGAAAUGUUCCUGAAGUGGGUUACGGGCUAAUCCAGAAAACAUUCUUUUCAUUGUUUGGUUUGAAUUGUCACGUGUACAUUUGCAUCACACCUCACCUUAAGUUUUCAUUUUUGUGUGCAUUCAAGAAACGUUUUUUCAGAUUUAAGUGCAAUUUAUUCAAGUCAAAACUGGCAAAUUUUUUAAACCCCCCAUUAAAUGCCCAUCUGCGUUGCCAAAUUUGCAUCCAAGACCUAGAUGCGUUUAUCAUUGAACAGAUGAUAAAAUGAAAAUAACACUAUGGUGUAAGUCCACAGUCAGGACGACAUACAAAUCACAGCGGGCAUAAUUAGACAUGAGCUGUUUGUGCUUGAGUAAAAGCCUGCAGACUUCAGCUGUGUUGUACUGAAUAGUAAAUGGGAACCGUUGAGCCACUGCCCUUCUUUUUCAAUGUCAUUACCGCAAGACAGAAUCUGAAAACAGAGUUUAUUUUCAGUUGCAGAUCCCGAUGUUGGCCAUCUCUCUCCUUUUGUUCUUGUACUGUUCAGCUUUGAGUUACUGUAUAUACCAGUUUCCGAAUGGACUGGCCUUACGGGCUGUUAAUAAGUAUGUACAUACAUUUUUUUAAAGUUUUUUUUUAAAGGACUGCUGUUUUAAUGCUGUGUCGGAUGUGAGCGUCGUCGGCUUCCAGAUGGGAUAAAACAGGGCUGUUUUGUCACCUAAGUGACUGGCCACUCUUUCAGGAUGUGUUGGCCAUCACCUGAUAUAGAUAAAGUCAAAGGUCUGCUGUGAGUGUACAAGAGGAUUGGGUGUGAGAAACUUAAAGGGCAUUUGCAAUAAGCUAUAAGUUGCAGCUAUAUGUAAAUAUAAUUUCUGUUUCUUUUUUAUAUUUCAAACCUGUACGUUCUUCAAAUGGCUCACUUGACCCAUCUUAAGUAUUUCCGUACGUUUCGUCUUUUCGUUUUAAGAAUAAAGUCUGUAAAUAUAGGUGUAAAUAUGGUGCUCUAUACUUAGAAAUGCAGUGUUGGACUUCUUGUUCAAAGCUGUAAUAUAGCCUUAUUAGAUAUGAGUGUCAAAUACAGAGCAAGGGAGGUUGAAAAGAAGAAAACAGUGCUGUAUGCAUCAUGUCAGUCUCUGACUUUGUCCUACCCUAAUGUAAACAGCUAAACGACAUGUGCAUGUGUUGUGUGUUUGACAUUAUUGAUCCACUUCCAUUCGGAGGAGAAGAACCAACUCGAGAUGUUACAGGACCAAACCAUGUACUGACGUUAAAAAAAAUGACUUUUGAAGAAGCAAAACGAAUAAAUGUUCUGUUGCUGAAACUUGUCCUUAAAAGUUACAUAUAACUAUGGUGAUGUCCAAAAUUAAAUGUGAAAUAUGUUGUCUUCAAACUUUGACUGGUCGUUUUUUGUGUUUGGGUAUGUGUGUGUGUGUUAUUAUAAUUAUUAAAAGGUGUGUGCAUAAAAUGAAGGUUUUGAACAUUAGUGGACAUGGUUAUAAAUUGUAAACUCCAUUAUAUUUUGGGUAAAUGCAUAAAAGUCGUAUUAAUGUGACCCGGUCUGUGAAAACCCAGCUAAAGUGAUUUUUUCUGUUUUGUACAUAAGCCUACGUUGUGUGAAAAUGAUUAAAAUCAAGUUUUUAAGUU